AUGGAGAAAUGCUUACGACAAAUGCGCAGCUCAGGAUCACUGCAUCGAACCUACAUGAUAUAUUACUUACGUAUUUUUGCUGCUGUAUUUAUAUUACUGUUAAUUAUACAAUUUACAUCAUCUAUUCGGUCAUCAAAUACAUUGAAAGCAUCUCUAAAAGCGUCAGUACCACCUUCAUUUUUUCCACAAAUCAUUGUAAUAACGCCAACUUAUCGACGAUCAACAAGAUUAGCUGAUAUGACUAGGAUGGCAAACACAUUAUCACAUAUUAAGAAUUUAUAUUGGAUUGUUAUUGAAGAUGGAAAUAAUAAAGUAAAAGCUGUUGAAAAAUUGCUCAAUCGUACUGCUUUACCAUAUAUAUACUUACCAGCCAAAACACCUCCAGGUUAUCCACGUCGUGGAUGGUAUCAACGAACUAUGGCAUUGCAAUAUUUACGCAAUAAUUCAAAUUUAAUAAGUGAUAAAUCAAAAAAAUCAGUAGUUUAUUUUGCUGACGAUGAUAACUCAUAUGAUAUUCGAUUGUUUAAUGAUUAUAUAAGAAAUGUACAAAAAGUUGGAAUAUGGGCUGUUGGUUUUGCUGGAGGUGCAUUGGUUGAAUCACCAGAUGUCGUUAAUGGGACAGUCGUAGGAUGGAAUGUGGUAUGGCAUAAAAAAAGGAAAUUUGCUACUGAUAUGGCUGGUUUUGCUGUAGCUUUAGAUGUUGUCCUUAAUUCAACAGCAGUAUUUGGUAAAUCAUGCAAUCGCGGUCUUGGUGCACCAGAAACGUGUUUUCUUGAAGAUCUCGGUUUACAGACUCAUGAUCUCGAACCAUUUGGCUUCGAUGAGGAAGAACGUGAAAUCCUGGUAUGGCAUACCAAAACCGCUAAAGUAAUUCUCAAUAAGCGAGUUGCAGAUACAAAUGGUUUUUUUGUGGAAUAA